AUGGCUGCUGUUACGGCUAUCAAUCGAUUAAAACUUAAUUUAAAUGCAAAAGAAAUUGCAUCAACUACUGACGAAUUGAUCGAGCGAAUGAAAGCGGUUUACGAUUCUGUUGGAUUAAUGAAAAAUGCAGAUGUAACGUACGAAAAUUGCAUUAAGACUUUAGCUGAUUUCUCUGCUGAUUCCAGCGCUAUUCGGUCAUCGAUUGAUUUUCCUCAGCAUGUCUCGCCAGAUAAGGAAAUUAGAAAUGCUAGCACUGAGGCUGAGAGAAAACUAUCGGAAGUGGAGGUAGAAAUAAGCAUGAGGCAGGAUGUUUACGACAACAUCAAAGCUUUCGAUGAAAAAUUGGGUCAAACAUUAACUGGUGAAGUAAAAAGAUUUGUCAGCAGAUUAAUAAGAAAUGGAAAGAGAAAUGGCUUACAUUUGGAUAAGGAGAUUCGAGAUCAAAUCACCGUCAUCAAGAAGCGAAUGACGGAACUAGCUAUUAAUUUUAAUAGAAACUUAAAUGAGGAAAAUACUAUUCUAGAAUUUUCUACCGAAGAUUUACAUGGUUUACCUGAUGAUUUUUUGGAUGGGUUGAGUAAAACCGAAAGCGGUUUAUACCAGGUUUCGCUCAAGUAUCCUCAUUAUUUUCCUUGCAUGAAGAAAGCUACUAAUCCAGAAACUAGAAGGAAACUCGAAACUGCAUUCAACUCAAGAUGCAAAGAUGAAAAUGCUGCUAUAAUGGAAGAACUCGUUGAAUUAAGACAAAAGCAAGCUGACUUACUUGGGUACGCGGUACAUGCGGACUAUAUUACGGAGAUUAGAAUGUCCAAGACAGCAGCCAAUGUCAAGAAUUUUCUCUCGCGCUUAGCGAGCAAGCUCAAACCGUUAGGAGAGUCUGAUCUACAAGCAUACUUAAAGUAUAAGUCUGAAGAGAGCCAAAAAUAUGGGUACAAGGAUGAUGCAAAAAUACAUGCUUGGGAUAUGAGAUAUUAUAUGAAUUUGGUCGAAGAAAAAGAAUAUUCGGUUGAUCACGAAAAACUGAAGGAAUACUUUCCUCUUGAGAUUGUAACUGAAGGCCUUUUAAAUAUCUAUCAGCAAUUACUGGAUUUAAAAUUUGAAGAAGUUGAGAAUGCAGAAGUGUGGCAUCCGGAAGUGCGAUUGUUUAAUGUCAGUGAUGGCUCGUCUGGUACCUUCAUGGGCCAAUUUUACCUUGAUUUACAUCCAAGAGAAGGAAAGUUUGGUCAUGCCGCUUGCUUUGGAUUACAGCCCGGAUGUGUAUUGUCGGAUGGCUCUAGACAGCACGCAAUUGCUGCAAUGGUAGCUAAUUUUACAAAGCCUACAGCGACUCGGCCUGCCUUACUCAUUCAUGAUGAGGUGGUGACCUAUUUUCAUGAGUUUGGCCAUGUAAUGCAUGGAAUUUGUGCAGAAGCUAACUUUUCUAUGUUCAGUGGUACACGAGUUGAAAGAGAUUUCGUUGAAGCUCCAUCUCAAAUGCUUGAAAAUUGGUGCUGGGAAAAAGAGUCCCUUUGCAAAAUGUCUGCCCAUUAUAAAGAUUCUAGUCCGAUUCCUGAUGAUUUGUUAGAAAAAUUGAUUAAAUCACAACGGGCGAACGCUGGUGUCUUCAACUUGCGUCAGAUCAUGUUGGGAACCUUCGAUCAGACCAUCCAUACAAGUCGUAAAGCGGAUACAGCUGCCGUUUAUGCUCGAUUAUCUGAAGAAAUAUUAGGCAUUCAAGCAACUCCAGGCACAAAUAUGGCGGCAACAUUUGGUCAUCUUGCGGAUGGUUAUGAUGCAAUGUACUAUGGAUAUUUGUGGAGCGAAGUAUAUUGCAUGGAUAUGUUUUAUACGCGAUUUAAGAAGAACGUUAUGAACGCUACAGCUGGUCGUGACUAUCGAGAAAAGAUAUUAAAACCUGGAGGAACAAAGGAUGCAAUCGAUAUGCUAAAAGAAUUUUUAGGUCGAGAUCCGGAUGAAACAGCAUUUCUAACCAGUAAAGGGCUGACGGUAGAUUAA